GCCAGGUUUCUUGGAUACAUAUGACAUCUAUAACUGGUUUAGUGUUCUUAACAUAUUUUUUAAUCUCGUCUCCAUGGCCCAUGGAUUUCAGGCCUUUAGCGUUCCAUUGUAGAAUGGCCAAACCUUUAUAGUUUUCUAUAUUAUUCUUAGUUUGUUUAUUACUGUUGUCCAUAAGAUACCAUUUAUCUCACAACUCGUUUAAAAAUGUAUCAGACUUGCUUUCGCUUGUUAGAUUUUAAAACAACUCAUUGUGAGAUAAAUGGUAUCUGACGGCCACUCAUGUAUUAUUCUCUAUUUAAAAACUCAAAAUGUUGUUUUAUUUUAUUCAAGAUUGCUUUGAAGAUGCAAUCACCAGCAGUGAAGAAAAAGUAUGGCAAACACUCAUCAUGGAUUAUGCUCUUCACGGAGGUCAUUCACCAAAAAAUCCAUGUUUAUAAUGUCUCUGAUGGAACUUGGGUAAAGACAUUAGACGCCCAAGAACGAAUGAUAUCCCUGAACAUCGACAUUGCCACCUGGCGGGCUUACUGGAUAGACGACAAGAAACACAGAUUAGUUUCAUCAGACCUCAAGGGAAAUGAUAAAAAGAUUCUUGCUUCAGGUAUUUUCACUUAUCAGGUUGCUCUCGACACUAAAAAUCGUCGACUUUUCUAUUGUGAUAUGUCUAUAGGAAAGCCUCACAUUGGCUUUGCGGACAUCGACAGUGGUGUAACUACAAUUGUUGAACAAGGUGGUGAAAAUCCUUCUUAUAAAGAAAUAGAGGUUUCCCCAGAUCUCAGAUUAAUUUACUGGAAAGACAGAAAGCAGCUAAUGCAGCGACAUUAUGAUGGAAAUGAAACAAAGAUCAUCGAGGGCUACUGUGAUGAGUGCUUCGGGUUAACUAUCGAUCGAAUAUGGGUGGAGAAAACAUAGCCAACUCCUCUGACAGCACCUAGUAUCAAUAUCCAUAGGCCACACCUGUUCACCCACAUGUCCAGUCAGUCAUUAUGGAAAGCAAUAUGAUGAAUUUCAUUAAAAAGGGGUCAUCAAACGGGCUGUGGAUGGCAGUCGCAGGACCCAUGUGACCUCCUCUAGAAAUGCCAAUGAAUGUGUGCACCAUACUAAAAGGCUGAAUUAAAAUCAUGAACCAGAUAAGUUUUAUCUUGAAGUUUAAAUAGUGGACUUUGGCUAUAAAUUGAACACAAAUUCCAAGAAUAUUAAGACGGUUUUAUUCCCAACAUGAAGCAGAAAGUGAUUCAUUCUUAUACCAACAUAAAAUUUGUCUACUUACCAAAAACCAAAUUGCUCUAUUACCCAAUAACUGAACAGAAAAGCUUUCUGGAUUAUUAUUUUUUAAAUAAGUUCAUCUAAAUCAGAGCUAGAAUAAGAUACACACAUAAGUCAUGGCCAGUAGCCCAUCACUUAAAAAGAGAACUUGUACCUUUGGCUUUAAAAUAAAAAAUAUAUAUAGUUUUUAGUUAUAUAUCUGGUAGAAUAUAAAAUGGUGUAAUUACAAAAUUUCAUGUUUCAAGCAAAACAUGGCCAAUUUUUCACUUAUAUUUCCCUUAAAGCUUUUAAAAUAAGCUACAGCCAACCAGUCUGUUAAUCUAGCUCUGAUAACCACUGUUACAAAUGUAUACAUACUAGGAAAUGAUAGCUGACAAUCUAUAAAUUGGCUUCAUAAUGUUUUUUAAAAACAGUAACAGGGGUCGAAAUUGGUCAAAGGAUAUUCAGUCCAACGAGCUACAAAUUCUGCCAGCCCAAAUCAAAACCUGCCAGACAAAACAAUUGACUGAAAAUAAUGUGAGAAUAUAAAUGUAAAAUAAUUGCUGGUCCGAUGGGAUGACUUGUAAAAACUAAUCUUCCAGCCCGUAGUGAUGUUGACCAUCAAAAACCAGUUGGGAUAGCAAUAGUUCGACCCCUGAGUAAUAAAUUAUUUGUACAGAAAAUGUAAAAAAUGCAAACAUUUACAUUAACAAAAUAAAUAAUGAAAACAAAAAGUAAAAAAAAAAUAUUUUAAUUUCAUUCUUUUGGAAUGAGAUGAAAUAUUUU